CACUGCAUUAUGAAAAGGGAUGUGUGAAAGAAUGGUGAAUAACUAAACUGUCACCAGUUUUAUUUACUUCCUGAAAUACCUCAGUAGAUCACAAAGGAUAUUACGAAAAUUGCCUUCCGCCUAAAAGGAAAGCAUAUAACUCGUUGUUAGAGUCCGCUAAUCAGCGUCUGUAAAGCAGCAACCAGUCCGACCAUGAUGGAGUCAUCACCACAUACAAAAUUUUUCCUCAUAGUGUUGAGUAUUUUAAUCAGUUGUGUGCUCAGUUUCCCUGCAGAGGAUAGCGUGACAGCUCUAGAAAAACUAGCUUAUGCUAACAACGAAUUCUCGAUGAAACUUCACCGGACAUUAGCCGAAAACUCUCUGCGAAAUAUCUUCUUUUCUCCAACAAGCCUUUUCUUUGCUUUAGGAAUGCUAUAUAAAGGAGCGAAAGGUCAAACACGAGUGGAAUUGCGGAAUGUCUUAGGUUUCAACGAAGCUGGACUCUCUGAUGAAGAAAUCGACGAAUCUUUUAAUAAACUUUUGACAGAAAUAUUUGGUUCUUCCCAGAACUUCACUUUAAAAACCGCUAAUGCUAUUCUGAUGGAUCAACGACUUAAUCUAAUACCCCAGUACAAGCAGUCCAUGGAAAAUUUCUAUCACGCGAUGGUCCAAAAAGUCAACUUCCAGAGAGAUAGAAAUGAAAUCGUCAGGCAGAUCAACGCUUGGAUAAACUCCCAAACAGGCGGAAAAAUUCCUAAUUUUCUUGAUGACUUGGAUCCUUCCACCGUCAUGACUAUCUUGAAUGCUGUCUAUUUCAAAGGAUUAUGGUCUAUGCCAUUUGAAACUCGUGACACCAAAUUCGAAAGGUUCUACAAUUAUGGCGGGGAUGCGAAAUCGAACAGAGUGGUUCGAAUGAUGCGGAAAUCACACAGAAUGUUCUACGCCUCUUCCCCUGACUGGGAAAUGUUGGAGCUGCCCUAUAAAGGCGACAGGAUCAGCAUGGUGAUUGUGCUUCCAAAAGAACGAGAUGGACUCGCAGCAGUUGAGGACAGUUUAUAUCCCGAUCAGAUUCGUGAAUACAGAAGCAAGAUGAAAAUGUUGACGGUGAACCUUACUCUCCCCAAGUUUAAAAUAGAUUCUUCCAUCGAUAUGAACAGACCUCUAGAAUUCUUGGGCCUUGGGAACAUGUUUCGGAACGGUGCCAACUUUACUGGAAUGGUUCAAAAUGAACGAGUUCGUGUCAGUCAUGUGAUGCAUAAAGCUCUGGUGGAAGUUAAUGAAGAAGGAACAGUUGCUGCUGCUGCAACUGGCGUUUACCUUGUUCCCCUAUCGUUAUCUGUACCGCGUGAAUUUAAAGUGGACCAUCCUUUCUGCUUUGUAAUUGUGGAUAAGAAAAGUAAUUUAAUAUUAUUUUCUGGGCGUGUAAUUGCUUUGUAGACAAGAGAAAACUUCAAAGACACCAUUUCUUAUUUAUUUUUUCAUGUAUUUUAAAAAUUCUUGUCGUCCAAGUCCAGAAUCUAAUUUGAUGGAAUGUAGUACUUUUGUCAUAAAGAGAAAACAUCAACGCAAUUUAUUCAGGGUUAUUUUUAUUUUUUCCAUCAAUUUUUUUGCAUUAAAAAUUUUUUCUUGCUAAUUCUAUCAUUCAAUUUGGUCAUAAAGGGUACGAUUCCCUUUUGAUUUGUCAUAAAGGGUACGAUUCCACAGGGUUGCAUUUAUUUUUUCCAAAGUUUUAUAAGUUAUGUCACUCAAUUUCAAAAUUUGACAGAGUGAUGGGGAUAAUGAUAUGCAAUUUAGAAUGUUUUCUUUACUGCCAUAUUAUCAUAUUUAGAAAUGUAUUAUACAGCCAACACUGGUUUCAACAACAAUAAAAAAAUAUCACAUAA